UCUUCAUCCCCUUUUAUACAUUCCAAAAACCCACCCACAUGAACAACAAUCCCCAAAUCAAACAUGGCAGCAGGAGAAUCAAGAUCUGAAAUACAACCUCUCAAUCGAUUUCCCAACAAACAUACGCAAUUUCCUCCCAAUUUCUUCACAUGGGUACUCUAUUUUUCCCUCAAUCUCUCAUUUUUCACCGCCGAUUCCGAUCCCCGGGUCACCGUCGCCGGUAAUCUCUCAUGUGGCACCGGCCGUGCGACGACGUCGAGUUUCAUCCCAACAUUCGUACAAGCAAUGGAAGGACUUUCAAGUAAUCUCAACAAUUCCAAUAACAACUUCGCUGUUGCAAACAUCACCGAUGCUUCUUUACCUCCUUUUUUCGCAUUAAUCCAAUGCCACCGUGAUCUUUCCCGCACCGAUUGCCUUGUUUGCUACGCCGUCAGCCGUACCGCCGUCCCCAAUUGCCUCCCCAGAACCUCCGGUCGGUACUUUCUCGAUGGAUGUUUUAUUCGUUAUGAUAAUUACAGCUUUUACCAUGAAGCUACAGAUUCAGCCAUGGAUACUCGAAAUUGUAAUUCGAGCUUGGGGAACAAUAGUUGGAGUGAUUUCCAAGGUGGGGUUUUGGAAUUUCAGAGGACUGUUGGUGAUUUGGUUGAAAAUCUUACUGAAAUUGCAUUAAGGGAUAAUGGAUUUGGGGUUUUGGAAUUGAGGGGUGUUUAUGGAUUGGCUCAAUGUUGGGAGAGUUUGAGUAAUGAAGAAUGUAGGGUUUGUUUGAAUAAAGCAAAAACUGAAGCUAGACGUUGUUUGCCAAGUAGAGAAGGAAGGAGUAUGAAUGCUGGAUGUUUUUUGAGGUAUUCUACACAGAAAUUCUUCAAUAAUGACUCUCUAGCAGAUGGGGGUAAUUCUGGGCUUUCUAGUCCAGGAGCCAAAGUAGCUGUUGUCUUGGCUGCAGUUGCUUUCCUUAUGAUCUCUGGUUUUGCUAGUUAUGCAGCAUAUAUAAGAAUAUCAAAGCUUAAACAAGAGCGGAAAAACAUGGGACUGCUAUCGAAUUCGUACAAUAAGGCAGGACUGAAGUUCAAGUACGAAACACUCGAGAAAGCAACAAACUACUUUGAUGUCUCUAAUAAAUUAGGCCAAGGAGGAGCGGGUUCGGUCUACAAAGGGACGCUUCCUAACGGAGAUGUUGUUGCUGUAAAACGAUUGUUUUUCACCACGAGACAAUGGGUCGAUGAUUUUUUUAACGAGGUCAACUUGAUUAGUGCAAUCGAACAUAAAAAUCUCGUCAAGCUUUUGGCUUGCAGUAUCGAAGGGCCCGAAAGUCUUUUAGUCUAUGAGUUCGUUCCAAACAAGAGCCUCGAUCGUUUUCUUUUCGAAAACGAUAGAACACAGAUUCUGAGCUGGAAGCAGAGGAUGGGGGUGAUUCUUGGAACAGCAGAAGGUCUGGCUUACCUUCAUGGAGGGUGUCAUGUAAGAAUCAUCCAUAGAGACAUCAAGAGCAGCAAUAUUCUUCUAGACGAAGAUUUUUCUCCAAAGAUCGCGGAUUUCGGCCUCGUGAGGACUUUUGGGGCCGAUCGGAGUCAUCUCACCACCGGCAUUGCUGGAACCUUAGGGUAUAUGGCACCGGAAUACAUAGUCCGUGGACAACUUACGGAAAAGGCUGAUGUUUUUAGUUUUGGAGUCGUGGUUCUCGAAAUCGCAUGUGGCAAAAGAAAUAACGCCUUCAUAGAAGACGCGGGUUCGCUUUUACAAACGGUUUGGAAGCUAUACAAAGAAGGCGUCGUUGCCGAAGCAAUCGAUCCGUUGCUCGAUGGCAAUUUCCCAGAACACGAAGCAUUAGAAGUGCUGCAAAUCGGGCUUUUAUGCACACAAGCAUCGGCAACUUUACGGCCAUCAAUGACGGAGGUGAUCGAGUACUUGACUACAAAAGGCGAAGAUCGAGAAAUCCCGGUCCCACAUCAACCGCCGUUUUUAAACGCACGGGCCCUCGUGUCUCAAGGGCUAAGCAGCUCCUCGACAUCUAGCCCAAUGACCAAGAUGGGGAUAUCGUAUACCACCACGUCACGUUCUUCCACGACUCCGAGCUCGGAGUGGCCGUUAAGAAUCAAUGAAACGAGCUCAAGUUAGCGUGUUUCGUCGAUCCACAGGAUUCGGGUUUGUUUAGGCCAUGGUUUGAACUGAAAAUGGUAAAUGUUGGGCAGGGUUUUGGGAGGAAUUUGUGCAUAUUUUACAGCAAAGUUUAGGUUCACAAUUUUUCUCUAAUUUUUUUGGAAAUAUUUAGUAUUAUAAUUUAAUUUUUAAGGAUAGUUUUGCGAAUUUUAUUCAGAAAUUAAGCAAUUAAAAAGUUUUGGUAUGUUUUUUUGGAA